AUGACUACCUUAAACCACACUGGUGUUAGCCAUACAGUCUUCUAUUUGCAGGGCAUCCCUGGCCUAGAGGACCAGCACAUGUGGAUUUCCAUCCCCUUCUUCAUUUCCUAUGUCACUUCCUUACUUGGGAACAGCCUCCUCAUCUCCAUUAUCCUCUCAAAGCACAGCCUCCAUGAGCCCAUGUACUUCUUCCUCUGCAUGCUGGCUGGAGCAGAUAUUGUCUUACCUACAUCCAUAGUACCACAGGCCUUGGCCAUCUUUUGGUACCAUGCUGGGGAGAUCUCCCUGAAUUGCUGCAUCACUCAGCUUUUCUUCAUCCACUCCACCUUCAUCUUUGAGUCAGGCAUCUUGUUGUUAAUGGCAUUUGACCGCUACAUUGCCAUUUGCUACCCACUGAGAUACACCACUAUUCUUACACAUGCAUUUAUUGUGAAAAUUGCUAUGAUUGUAUGUCUAAGAAGUUAUGGUACAGUUUUUCCUGGAAUAUUUCUUUUGAAAAGAUUGACUUUCUGCAAAAGUAACAUCCUCCCAAAUACUGCUUGUACAGAAAUUGUCUUGGCCCAUCUUUCUUGUGAUGACAUCCGAGUAAACAUCUGGUAUGGUGUUUUUGUUGUGCUGUCAACCAUGGUCUUGGAUGUUUUGCUAAUUUGUAUUUCUUAUGUGCUGAUUCUUUGUGCUAUCUUCCACAUGUCUUCCCAAGAUGCUCGCCACAAAGCUCUCAAUACAUGUGGCUCUCAUGUCUGUGUCAUCAUCCUCUUUUAUGGGCCUGGUUUCUUCUCAGUCCUCACACAGAGAUUUGGACGUCACAUCUUGCCCUAUAUCCGUGUCCUGCUGGCCAAUGGCUACAUUUUGGCUCCACCUUUGCUGAAUCCUAUCAUUUAUGGGAUCAAGACCAAACAGAUCCGGGACCAGGUGAUUCAUAUGUUCUUUACAAAGCAGAAGUGA